AUGUGUAAGUUCGCUUUUAGAUACAUACGGUGGACAGAAAAUUAAGGGUUACUUUUUUAAAUUUAAUAAAAUUUGCUGCACGCAUAUCGUUUUCCAUUUUUUUAAAUUCUAAAAUAAAUCAAUGCUAAACACACACGCACAUCCGAAUAAUACGAAUCGCUUGAUAUUUAAUCAUACCGAAUUGGUAAAAGAAACGGAAAUAGACACGUUUAAACUGAAAACUCCGCUCUCGGCGAAUUGAGAACGAAGUACGAAGAUAGCUAAGUGAAUAGUCUAUUUUAAAUUAUUAUGUAAUGCUCUUGCAUAUACGUUCGAAUAUUCAAUAGUGACAUUACUAAUAAGAACCAUAUGAAAUACACAUUUUUUGAAUUCUUUCAUUAAAUAUUGACUGCUUUACAAACGGAUAUUGUAACAAAUUCUAAAAAUUUAUCGAAAUUUCGAGUUAUAAAAAUGCGAUCUCUGGAAGCGAUGAAAAUAUGUUUUUUCCUUAUUUCAUUAGUGUGUUUAUUUGGAGCCACAACUGCAAUCGAAUGUUAUCAAUGUAACAGUGAAUUUGAUCCAAGAUGUGGUGAUCCCUUUGAUCCGUAUUCAUUGGGAAAAGUAAAUUGUAGCUUAAAAACUCGCCUGGAACAUCUGCCAAAUGUAGAACCAGUUCUUUGCAGAAAGACUACUCAAAAAAUUUUCGGAAAAAUACGCGUAGUACGGGAUUGUGGAUAUUUGGUUUCGGACAAUGAUAAUAAGGGAUGCUUAAAAAAGUCGGGCACGUUUGAAGUUCAAAACUAUUUUUGCUCUUGCACGAACGACUUAUGUAACACGGCUUCAAUAAAAACUCAACAAUUUUCCUUGUUUGCGCUUUCGGCAGUGUUAGUAACUGCAAUAUUCCGAUUGCAUUAGAUUCUCUUUUUUCAGCUAUAAUUGAUCGCCGUAAAUUCGUUGAGAAUACAUUUUCUACAAGUAUAAUUUCUUCGCUUAACCAUCCAACUCAGAAGUGCCAACUCAAUACAUGAGUUAUCCAUUGCAAAACACAUUUACUUUUGUACUUUUAGGUCAAUCGCAACCAUCAAAAUCACAAGGGACGCACGAGUGGACGCUUCAAUUUGGACGAUUAAUCUUAAUCAUGAAAAUCAACAAACCAAACAAAUAAACAUAGGUAUCACAUAGCUUUAAUCAAAUAGUUUUAUUUUUUUCUGAAUGAAAAAGAAAA